AUGGAAAAGGGGAAUUAUACGGUUGUGACAGAGUUUUUUCUGGUGGGGCUUUCUAACUACCCAGGCCUCCAGAUGCUUCUUUAUGUGCUCUGCCUGCUGACGUACGUGGUGAUUCUCCUGGGAAACAGCAUCCUCCUUAUCAUCAGCAUCUUGGAUUCCUGCCUCCACACCCCAAUGUAUUUUUUUCUCGGGAACCUCUCAUUUCUGGACAUCUGCUACACAUCCUCCUUAAUCCCUCAAAUGCUGAAAAUUUUUGUGUCUCAGAGAAAAUCCAUUUCCUUCAUUGGAUGUGCCCUGCAGAUGGUUAUUUCUCUUGCAUUGGGGUCCACAGAGUGCAUUCUCCUGGCUGUGAUGGCUUUUGGCCGGUAUGUCGCCAUCUGCAAUCCCCUAAGAUACACCAUCAUCAUGAACAAGGGACUCUGUGUGAAAAUGGCUGCUUGGACCUGGAUGCUAGGAUUUCUGAACUCCCUGACACAAUCUGUGCUUGCCCUGAUAAUGCCUUUCUGUGAGAACAUAAUUGAUAACCUUACCUGUGAAAUCCUGGCCCUUUUCAAGCUUAUCUGUGGAGAUAUCUCCCUCAAUGUACUUAUCAUAACAAUUGCAAGUAUCUUUGUCUUAAUCAUACCUUUGCUACUCAUUUUCUCCUCCUAUAUCUUCAUCCUCUCCACCAUCUUGAGGAUCAACUCUAGUGAAGGGAGGAAGAAAGCCUUUUCCACUUGUUCAGCCCACUUGACUGUGGUCAUCUUGUUCUAUGGGUCUGCCCUUUUCAUGUACAUGAUGCCCAAUUCUAAGGACACUAAGCUUUUUGAUGAAAUCUUUGGGUUGUCUUACUGGGUGAUCACUCCAAUGUUGAACCCCAUCAUCUAUAGCCUGAGGAACAAGGAGGUAAAAGAGGGUGUGAAUAAAGUCCUAAUCAGAAAUCUGUACUUGAGGAGAAUGUGA